AUGAUUCAAGGAGAUCAAGACUUUGAAUGUCAUUUAGUUGAGAUGCAACUGAAUGACCAAGAAUAUCAAAAUCUAGUUGACAAAGAGGAGACAUUUAUUUAAAUUAACAAAUAAGAUAGUGGGUUUUGUAAUUAUCUUAGAAAUGAUAUUUUAAACGAUAAAACUAAAUUAAAGUAACUAUUAAACAGAAUUAAUAAUCAGUGGAAUUAGAAUUUUAUGGUAGAACUUAAAAGAGAAGAAAUCUUCACUUUGAUUAUAUUAAUGUUCCUUAAUUAAAUAAAUAGAAAACAAUAGUUUGGAGGAUUUUAUAUAAUAAAUAUGGAAAAUUUAAAAAGAACUUAAAUUAGACUUUGUACUCAAAAGAUGCGAUGCAUAGAGAAUUACUUACGUUUAUUCUAUAGGAAUAAAGACAAUCUUUUAGAGAGUUCAUUUGAUAAUAAUGAAAAAGUGCAAUUUAAAAAUUAAGUUGUUAAAUUCAUAAAAAAUAUACAAGAAGUUGAAUUUUCAUUUAAUGAAGGUGACUAAAAGAGCAAAUUAAAUAUAUCUAUUAAUGUAACCAAUCAACGAAAUGAAGAUUAAAAGAAUUCAACUGUUGUUGACUUUGCAGAUCAGAACAUCGGAGGGUUAACAUUAGAUAGUUAUAAUUGUGCUUAGGAGGAAAUUCUUAUGCUUAUUUUUCCAGAAGCUCUAGUAACUAUGAUAUUUAUUCCACCUAUGAAAGAUAAUGAAGCUGUUUUAAUCACUAAUCUAAAGAAGUUCUCUAAAUAUUCUGGAUAUGAGUAAUCUUUCAUCUGCAAAGAAUAAGAAGAUUUAGAAAAGAAUUUCUUUAAUAUGCUUGCUAUUGAUGCAAAACCAUUUAGUAGAAAUAUAGCAUAGUUUAAGAAACAAAAUUUAGACAGAGAAAUACGGAAAUGUUACUCAGGAUUCUCAUUAGCUUUAAAAUACUAACCGAAUAAUGAUAUUUCAACAGGACGAUGGGGAUGUGGUAUAUUUGGAGGAAAUCAGUAUCUGAAAACAAUGAUUCAAUUGAUUUGUUUUGCUUAAGCAAAAUAUGAAACAGAAAAUAGUACAGCAAAAUUGAUAAUCAAUGCUUCCAAUACUCAUAGUCUAAUAACUUUUGUAAAUGAUCUGAAGCAAUAUGAAUAAAUAGUAAAUUUACAGAACCUUACAAUAUUGAUUUAAGAGUUAUCAUAGCGUUUUUGA